GGUUUUCGACGCCUUGCUCAGUCUACCUCAAUAUUAUCUCUAUGCCAAAAAUCCGAGCGUGGACUCUCUUGUGUGUCCUGUAUGAAUCACCAUCGCUCUUCUGUCACGCGGUGAACGCGACUGUGCUUGAGGCUAAAUUGAUAGUCAAUUGCAAUAAAAAUAAAAAAUGAACAAUUUACUGGAAAUUCUUGUCACACAAGUGUGGUUUCGGAUACCAUUUACCGUUGGUCUCCGUCUAAAAUUUUCAUGAGUCGAUCGUGGAAAACAAGUAAUUACUGUUUCAUCGUUCAAUUUGUUAUUGAAAUCGGGAAACUCGUAUGCGACGAGAAUUCAAAUUUCACUUUUCCAAUGUGCGGUACGUGACAGCAGAUAACAGUUUGUUUACUUAAUUGUCAAUAACUUUCGGAUGCGUCUUAUGAACGUUGAUUAGUUGACAAACAUGUUAAAAAUGUUUCGCGACGAGACGCAGAUUCAAAUUACCUGCAUACUUGUAAUCGGAGAUAGAUUUAUAUGUUUGAAUAAAGUCAAUCACAACGGUUGCCAGGCAAACUCGUAUUAAGGCAACUGGGGCAAAUCAUUUCUGAAUAUUGUUCAUUCAGUGUGACUUGCCAGGAUCCUUGUAAUUGCAAGAAAAGUACAGUAAUUUAAUGCCACCCUUGAUCCAAGCUAUAUUCAAUGGCAACCUGGAAGAGGUUAAGGCUUUGCUGGUGCAACAAGUUGGUGUAAAUUCGAGAGAUUCUGAACAACGAUCUCCUCUACACGCAGCUGCUUACAUGGGAGAUCCAGCCGUCGUACAGUCGUUAAUAACUUGGGGAGCAUUUGUCAGCCAAAAAGACAACAGAUGGCUAACACCGUUGCACCGAGCCUGCCGUUCAGGUAAUUGGGGCGCCGUUAAUGUACUGCUGAUGUAUGAGGCAGAUGUGAAUAUUCGUGACCGCAAUUGGCAAACACCGCUGCACGUCGCUGCUGCUAAUAAUGCGAUACAAUGCGCAGAGAGUCUCAUCCCUCUGCAAAACAUAAACGUCACAGACAGGGGUGGAAGAACGAGCUUACAUCAUGCCGCCUACAAUGGACACUUUGAAAUGACGAAGCUUUUAGUAUCUCAACCCGGGUGCAUUCUCAACGCUUGCGACAAGAAAGAUCGGAGAGCCUUGCAUUACGCCGCCCACAUGGGUCACGAUGCUAUUGUCAAAUUACUAGUGGAAAACACGGCAUCGGUCGAUGUUAAGGAUCGUGAAUUAUAUACUCCGCUGCAUGCCGCCGUUGCUUCAGGAAAAGUGAACUGCGUCCGUAUAAUCAUUGCCGCCGGAGCAGAUAUUGAGGCAAAGAAUGUGUAUGGAAAUACGCCAUUGCACAUAGCCUGCUUUAAUGGGCAUGCGAACACUGUGACGGAAUUGAUCAACCACAACGCAAAUAUUGAGGCAUUGAAUUACCGUGGUCAAACACCACUACACGUUGCUGCCGCCAGUGUGCAUGGUGUCGAAUGUUUGGAGGUUUUACUAUUUUCUGGUGCCCAAAUCAACGUUCAAUCUCAGGAUGGUCGUACUCCGUUGCAUGUGACCGCCAUUCACGGUCGUUUUACACGCUCCAAGAGUCUACUGGACAGAGGAGCGUCGGUUGACACCCGUGAUAAGAAUGGAAACACAGCUUUGCAUAUCGCGGCGUGGUACGGGCACGAAUGUCUCUCGACUACCUUACUUGAGCGCGGCGCCUCACCAGCGGCACGAAACUCCGAUCAGAGAACACCUCUUCAUCUUAGCUGUCUCGCAGGGCAUAUAGAGGUCUGCAGAAAGCUAUUACAAGCGGACAGUCGGCGUAUGGAUUCUAGGGAUAUCAAAGGUCGAACACCGUUACACUUGGCUGCUUUCAAAGGAUCGGUCGAGUGCUUGGACUUAUUACUUUCGAGCGGGGCCAAUUUUCGAUUGCCAGACAAUCAAAACAGAUCUGCACUCCAUUACGCCGCAGGCCAGGGUCAUUAUCUCUGUGUUUUCACUCUAGUGGGAUUUGUCAGUGACGUCAACGCUCAGGACACAGAGGGUGCAACACCCUUGCAUCUCGCAGCUGCAGCCGCUGAUCCCUCGGACUCUGAAGCGCGGUGUGUGCAAUACCUGUUGAAGCAUAAAGCUGACCAUCUAGUUCGAGAUAAACGUGGAUUCACAGCGAUUCAUUACGCCGUCGCUGGAGGAAAUCAACCCGCUCUCGCAGCGUUACUCCGAGCAUCCACACCUCAUAAUCUAUUGGUUUCCACGGCCCCAUUUACGACAACCACGGCGGACGGGGAUCAUCCGCAAUGUCCAGCUCUUACACCGUUACAUCUCGCGGCGCAUUAUGGUCACGGAGAAAUUCUGAGACUUCUGCUACCGCUUUUCCCAAAUACCAACAUUAAAGAAGAAACUGGCAAGACGCCUCUAGACUUGGCGUCAUACCAAGGGCACAAGCAGUGUGUACAACUCUUACUCAGAUGCGGCGCUGUCGUAUCGGUGCAGGAUUCCAUCACGAGAAGAACUCCUGUACACUGUGCCGCUGCAGCAGGUCAUUCCGAAUGCUUGAUUUUAUUAUUGGAAAAUACCGAAGACCCCUCAGUUGUGGAUCGUUGCGAUGCCAAGCAACGAACCGCAUUGGCAUUGGCGGUAGCAAAUGCACACCUCGAUUGUGCCAUAUUGCUCUUAAAAUAUAAAGCCGACUGCAAUUUGCCUGACAUAAAUAAGCAUACUCCAUUGUUUCGCGCAGCAAUUCAAGGACUACAUCACAGGCUUGGAGACCUUCUUUUAGAAAAUGGUGCCAUUGUCGCAGUCCAGGAUGGUAAUGGAAAAACACCUUUACACCUGGCAGCUGCAUGCGGCAGACGGUCAGUUCUAGCAGCGUUAAUAGCGGCUGACCCUAAAGCAGCGACGCUAAAGGAUGAUCAAGGUUGUAACGUGCUACACUGGGCAUGCUACAACGGGCAUUCCGAUUGUGUCGCAUACCUUUUGGAACAGAAUGUGAUCGACUCGCUGGAAGGUAAUCCAUUUUCUCCGGUACACUGUGCCGUCUAUCAAGGCUCAACCAAUUGUCUGAUAUCAUUGAUACGCAAGUUUGGAGGAAGAGCAGUAGCAACACCUAGGGAUACUCUUGGUGGUCGUUUGCCUUUGCAUGUCGCCGCCAGCGCUGGCUCUGCAGAAUGUGCUCGUCUCAUUCUAACUGCAGUCGGAUCAGAAGAAGCCGGCCUUGAAACACCAGAUUGUGAAGGACGAACGCCUUUGCUAAGCGCCGCGGCAACAGGGCAAUGCAACGCUAUCGAGUUAUUAUUGGAAUGGCAGGCGAACGUACGUGCUGUCGAUGCUAACAAAAAUACUGCACUUCACUUGGCUUGCCAACGACGUCAAUCACCGGCAGCUCUGGUCCUACUUGAUCACAUAAACAGUAUAUGCGUCGAAGAUGAAAACUUGCAGGAGCAACAACUGCAUAGAGCGGCAAUAAUAAAUAUGGCGAAUAAGCAGUUGAGAACGCCGUUACACCUUGCAGCAAGAAAUGGUUUGGUGUCGGUGACGCGCCGACUUCUGCAACAAGGGGCCAGUGUUGUUGCAGUUGAUGCAGACGGGCUUACACCUGCACUUGCUUGUGCUCCAAAUCCUACCGUCUCUCGUUGCUUAGCUACAAUACUUGCAGCGAACGGUCAAAACUGGAAUGCCGAUCAACCGACAUCGAUUCAGCAAACCUCGGAAGCCUACUUGAAAAGUCGAUCCGGUGAUUCUCAACAUAGCUCAGAUUCCGAGUUUUAUUGAUGACAAAUGAUGUUGAAGCUACAAUCCUCAAGUUCCCAAAGACUUGAAAAGUCUCGUUUCUACCAACUUAUGCGUAUCAGUUGUACGUACACGAACAUCCUAAGGAACGCUGGCAGGAACUUCUAGCCGGGAGCCGAGACGCCAAGGACUACCAGUGAGCAAUCUUGUUGGUAAAGUUAGAUUUAUUUCUCGAUUACCCAGUCCUGCAUAGAAAGCACUCAUGCCUGAAAUGCGUGAAAUCGAGGAUACGCGACUACUGCCAAGUUUUAUGCCACAGAUAUUUAGCCUGAAAAUCGCCGGUCUCCGUAAACAGAUGGUAUAAGCGAGCACAAGUCGAUUUCUCAAAUUUUCUGUAUGAAAUUCCCGCUGUACCAUAUGAUUGUUGGGUAUUUCAUUUGAAGAUGCACCAAAUAUCCAUGUUGAACCUGAUCAACUUCAGCUGCACCUGCAAACUUCCAUUAGAGCAUAUGUUUGUCUUGAUAGCUCUGACUGAACUGUGCAUUUGGUGCAUUCUUAACACAACUGCAAGCAUUAUUAUUUACUAUCUUAGAUUCGAUGAAUCUGGCCACCACAAUAAGCAGAGGCACAGACAUUUAAAAAUUUUAACGUUUCUCGUCCUCGGACUUGAACUCUACUAUGUCUUCCGGUCUGAAGAUGUGAAAAAAUUCUGUACAUAUUCUUCCUAUAUUCAAGCUUAGUUCGAUACUGUACGGUUUAUUGCAUCACCUCAAAGAAACCUGAAUUGUAUCAUCUUUCAUUAUAGAUGAAUAUCAUACACAUAAUGUUCGACUUCGAAGACUACUCAGCGCUGCUUAGUACAACUUAGCUUUCACAUAAAAAUACCAGCUUCUCUAUGUCGAAGAGUUGCCUUUUAAAUUGUACUUUAUCCAUGUAGUACGAAAUAUCUAUUUGUGUACGUGUCGACGAAGCCGCUAAAUUUGUACAAUUCCUCAGCUGAGGUGACAUUCCAAUAUUUGGUCUCUGCAACCAAACCGUGUAAGGAAUUUAUGGAAGCCAUCGCAGCCAAGACAAGAUAGAUUUGAAAGCUUCAUUCGACAGUAUUACAAAUUUGUGGCAUAUUUGAAAAUGGAUUGUAAAUAUGAAGAUGAAUAAAUGCUUAGGAUGAAAUGAUUAAUGUUACAAUUAGCAAGCUGUACGUUAUGUCAUGAAGCCAAUUUUUUACUGUAAUCGUUGGUGCCUCAGAUAAUGUGUAAUUAAAGUUUCGAAGCCUCGUAACAAUUGGACACAGUUGUCUUUA